AUGUCUUUGCCAGAGGAAUUCGACAUCAUCAUCUGUGGUGGAGGUAGUUGCGGGUGUGUGGUAGCUGGCCGAUUGGCGAAUUUGGAUCACAACCUGAAGAUUCUGCUCAUCGAGGCUGGUGAAAGCAACCUGAACAACCCAUGGGUCUUCAGGCCAGGGGUUUACCCCCGUAACAUGAAGCUGGACUCGAAAACGGCCUCCUUCUAUGAGUCUCGUCCAUCGAAAUGGCUCUCGGGGAGAAAGGCGGUGGUUCCAUGUGCCCAUAUUCUGGGAGGUGGCUCCAGCAUCAACUUCUUGAUGUACACACGUGCUUCGGCUUCGGACUACGAUGACUUCCAGGCAAAGGGAUGGACGACGAAGGAGCUCCUACCGCUCAUGAGGAAGCAUGAAACCUAUCAGCGUGCCUGCCACAACAAGGAACUCCACGGAUUUGAGGGGCCGAUUAAAGUGUCCUUCGGCAACUACACAUACCCCAUCAAGGAUGACUUUCUUAGGGCUGCGGAAUCCCAAGACAUUCCUAUUGUCGAUGAUUUGGAAGACCUUAGCACUGCCCACGGUGCUGAACAUUGGUUGAAAUGGAUUAACCGUGAUACUGGCAGACGUAGCGACAGUGCACACGCAUACGUUCAUUCGACUCGUGCUGUGCACAGCAACCUAUACCUUGCUUGCAACACUAAGGUGGAGAAGGUCAUCAUCGAGAACGGCAGAGCGGUCGCUGUCCAGACCGUACCAACGAAGCCGCUUCAUCCCAACCAGCUAAAGACUCGCACCUUCAAGGCACGCAAGCAGAUCAUUGUGUCCGGAGGUACCAUUUCUUCGCCCCUAAUCCUUCAACGAUCCGGAAUUGGUGACCCCGAGAAGCUGAAGGCAGCUGGCGUUGAACCAAUCGUCGAUCUCCCCGGUGUGGGACUCAACUUCCAAGACCACUACUUGACCUUCUCAGUGUUCCGUGCUAAGCCUGAGGUCGAAAGUUUCGACGACUUCGUUCGAGGUGACCCUGAAGUGCAAAAGAAGGUAUUCGACGAAUGGGCACUAAAGGGAACUGGCCCACUUUCCACCAACGGCAUUGAGGCUGGUGUGAAGAUUCGCCCAACGGAGGAGGAGCUCAAGGAGUUCGAAUCCUGGCCAACACCACAAUUUAACGAGGGUUGGAAGUCGUACUUCAAGAACAAGCCUGACAAGCCCGUCAUGCACUACUCCGUUAUUUCUGGCUGGUUUGGUGACCACAUGCUCAUGCCCCCUGGAAAGUUCUUCACAAUGUUCCACUUCUUAGAGUAUCCAUUUUCCCGAGGAUUCGUACACAUCAAGUCGAAAGACCCUUACGAGAGCCCAGACUUUGACCCAGGCUUCAUGAAUGACGAGCGUGACAUGGCACCGAUGGUGUGGGGAUACAUAAAAUCGCGAGAGACAGCCCGACGCAUGGACGCUUACGCCGGCGAAGUUCAGGCUAUGCACCCGUUCUUCGACUAUGACUCGCCAGCUCGUGCUAAUGACAUGGACCUUGAGACCACUCAGCGCUACGCCCUCCCGGGCAACCUGAGUGCUGGUCUGCAGCACGGUAGCUGGAGUUGCUUUAACCCAGCACCAUCGAAGAAACCAGAGUUGAGCGUCCUCAACAGUAACAAGGCCGAUAUCCGAGAAGAUCUCAAGUACACUAAGAAGGAUAUUGAAGUGGUUGAAGAAUGGGUGAGGAGACACGUGGAGAGCACAUGGCACUGCCUGGGUACUUGCUCCAUGGCCCCUAAGGAAGGCAAUAGCAUUGUGAAGCACGGUGUUCUGGACGAACGUCUAAAUGUCCACGGUGUUAAGGGCCUCAAGGUUGCGGAUCUCAGUAUCUGCCCUGACAAUGUUGGCUGCAACACAUACUCGACCGCUCUCCUCAUCGGUGAGAAGUGCGCCAUGUUGACGGCCGAAGAUCUCGGAUAUUCUGGCGAAGCGCUCGACAUGAAGGUCCCAACAUACCACGCUCCUGGCGAGGUGAACCUGCCAUUCCGCGUAUGA